CCGCGACAUUCAUCGACAAUCAUCCAAGAAACAGCGACCUUGAAUCAUCAAUCAGUGUGCCCACCAACUCAUAGCAUCCCAAGACGAAGACCCAGACAAGCCAAAUCGAACAAUGGACAACAUCAAGUCUUUCCUCGAGAGCCCCUUCUUCAACACUUCCUUCAAGACUCGCAUGCACUACAUCCAACUCACCCUCGUCACCCUCAUCAUAAUCCUCACCGGCGUCCGCAUCAGUCAAAAGCCUUCUUUCCUCCCCAUCACCCGCUCCGAUACUAUGGCUAUCGUCAUGGGCGUCAAGACCAUCGUGGUCAUAGCCUAUCAGCUUCUCACUUCUCACGUAGGAAGCUUGAAGCGCUGGAGGAACACAAAAGUCUAUCUCGUGUUGAACUGUCUGGAGGUCAUGUUCUGGCUUGCAGUUGUCGUUCUCACCGGUAUGGGUAUGCAGAGGUUUUGUAAAGGUGCCUAUUGCGGCAUUAGUGUCGUGAUUAUUUUGUUGGCUUUGGUCAUGACGUCCUUUUCGUUGUGGGCGGCGGUUACGACGAGAAAGUUGAGGAGGGAGGAGAGGUUUGGUGGGCAGAGUGUGCUGCCGGUGCAUCAGACGUCUAUGGGAGAGGGUAUUACUACGAAGCCUGCUGCGGCUUACACGACUUACAGGGUCUAG